UCCAUAGGAUCACAGCCUUAGGGCAAAUGCAUAUUGCAUCACAGCUACUGAGGAAAGUUUCCCUGGGAGUGGUGAGAAAUCCUAUAUAAUCAGCCUGACUUGCACUUAGAUUUACACUUGGGUGAAGAGAGUCCUUGCUUUACUAGCUGGAUUAAACGAGGUUUAAAUAGCAAUGGAGGAACUGAGUACAGCCAAUGGUGGUUUUGCCAUUGAUUUUUUCAAACAAGUGUGCAAGGCUCAAAGCAACAAAAACAUCCUAUUCUCACCAUGGAGUAUCUCGUCUGUUAUGGCCACACUGUACCUUGGGGCCCAAGGCCAUACUGCAGAGCAGAUAGCAGAGGUGCUUCACUUUAACAAAUCCGGGAGAAGUGAGGCUGCCCAUGCUAUGAGAUACCCACGAGUGUACUCCAAAAUGGAGGAGCUAUUGAAUCAUCCCUGCAUCGCUAUUCGGAAGCCCCCUCCUGAAACAUCAAGCAACAUACAUUCAAGAUUCCUGGAACUUAGUCAAGAAAUCAACAAACCUACAAAGCAUUUUCUGCUUCGAAGUGUCAACCAGCUAUAUGGAGACAAAUCGGUGCCUCUCCAAAAAGAAUUCAUAUUGUCAAUGAAGAAAUACUAUAAUGCAGAGCCACAAACAGUAAACUUUCAAGAAGCUGCGGAAGAAGUCAGAAAAGAGAUCAAUUCUUGGGUUGAACGCCAGACAGAAGGUAAAAUACAGAAUCUGUUGAAUGAGGGGUCUAUUGAUUCACUUACCCAGCUGAUCUUGGUAAAUGCUCUGUACUUCAGAGGUAACUGGGCAAAGACAUUUAAGAAAAAAGAUACAACAGAGCAGCCCUUCAGACUUAACAAGCGAACAAGUAAGCCGGUGAAGAUGAUGUUCCAGCACGGUAACUUCCAUUGGAACUACAUAAAAGAAGUGAAGACUCAGAUUCUUGAGCUCCAAUAUGUCAACAAUGACCUCAGCAUGUUUAUACUCCUCCCUGAUGACAUCACUGAUGACACCACUGGCCUGGAAAUGCUAGAAAAGAAAUUGACUUACGAGGCCUUAUCCAAGUGGACCAGCCCAGAGGAAAUGGAAGAAAUUGAAGCAAAUGUCUAUCUUCCUAGGGCCCAGUUAGAAGAUCACUAUGAGUUAAAGGCAGCUUUGACCAGCAUGGGGAUAACAGAUGCCUUCACUGUAGGCCAAGCCAAUUUCACCGGAAUGUCUGAAAAAAGCAACCUGAUUUUGUCCCAAGUUUUCCACAAGUGCUUUGUUGACAUUAAUGAAGAAGGCACAGAGGCUGCUGCUUCGACAGGCGCCACUAUAGACGGGCGUAGUACCGCAGGUGCAACUUUGUUUGCAGCUGACCACCCUUUCCUCUUUUUCAUCCGGCAUAAUGAAACCAAAAGCAUCCUCUUCUGGGGCAGAUUCUGUUGCCCUUAAAGUAUUUCGGCUUUCUCUUAACAAACAGGAAGGAUCUUGCGGCAGCAGGAAUGUGGCACAACAGAGGAGGCACCGUUUCCCAAAGUUAUGCCUAAAUAUGGUGUUCUCGCCUGUCUUUCCUUUAUGCUUGCAGGGGGGACGCAUAUGGCCACAUGCUGACAUGUGCUCAGCAAGAAGACAACUCACUCUCAAACCAUGCAUAAAAUAGUCUCUAGGG